AUUAGAUGGUGAUAUUUAGUGUGCGUCUUAACCAUAAGUGAACUAUAUGUUAUUUUUGUCCUUAUAAAAAAAAUUUUCAACGAUGAAAUUUACUACAACUAUACUUUGUGUAAUAUUCGGUCUACUUGUAUUCGAAAAUAAAGAUGCAUCAUCUAUAUCGCCGGAAUGUCUCAACGAUUUAAAAUGUGGAUUGCAAUCGCUUUUAAAACGUUGGCAAGUAGAUUUAAUUGGAAAAAAAUCCAACAGUUCCGACUGGCACGGUCUGCUACAAAAGUUGUUCGCGUUACCGACGCCGUUGCCGACAUCCAGCACCACGUCUCCUCCGACCACAACGGCUGCGGCGACCGUGACGCGAGACUGUAACCCCCAUCAGAUAUCGGAGGUCCGCAAGCGGAACGAUUCGCCGGCCAACAGCAAUUGCAUACGGACACCGGAGGAACUGGUGACGUUUUUGAGCUCGUCGAGCUCGGUGGCCGACUCGACGCCGACGAAAAUGCGCGCGGCCAUCAUGUUGCUCGUGUCGUUCCGCGGCUCGCUGCCCAGCCCGUUGCCGGCCGCCGCGGUCGUCAACCUGGUCGAAAAGCUCGUGGCCGCACCGCAACUGUUCGUCGGCCUGCCGCAGCCGGCCGUCAACGUCGUGCUCAUGGUGACGACGGCCGCGAACGCGUGCGCCACCGGCCAGCUGCCGGCCGACCUCCGGGUCCGGUUCCUGCACGCGGUGUUCUCGCUGUCCCCCGGCGCCCUCGUUCUCGUGCCCAAGUCCGUGAUGGUCCCGGUGCUCGGCACGAUCACGUCGCCGGACAUGCUGGACGCGUUGCCCGGCGCGGUCACGGUCAAGCUCGUCACGGUGCUGUCACUGUCCCGGCCGCUAUUCCUCUGCAUGCCGGUGCCCGCCCUUCUGUCCCUGCUGUCGUCCGUGGCUGCGCGCUCGCCCCAGGAGCUGCUGACCGCGCUGCCGCCGUCCACGCUGUUCGGGUUCCUGGACGGGCUGCUGCACGCCGCGCGCGACGCGUCUCCGAUCCUGGCGGACGCCGCGACCGGCCCCGUGCUCGCCGCCGUCCUCGGUCCUCUGAUGACGUCCCGCCUGGUGAGCGUGUUGCCCGCACCCACCCUGGACCUGUUCCUGGCCGUGGUCGGAUCGUCUCCCGAGCUGGCCGGAUCGUUGCCCGCGUCCUGCGUCGUGUCCGUGUUCGGCACGCUCGCCAAAUCACCGAACCUUUUGAGCUCGCUGGACCCCAAUCACCUGGCCAAGGCCCUGGUCACGGUGAUGAACACCCCGUCCGCGGCCGACGGUCUGCCGCCCACCAUGUUCACCGCGCUGCUGGACGCCGUGGCCGUGUACCUGCCGUCGUGUUUCGACUGCAUCCCGAUCGCCGACUUGUCGCCGGGCCGCAAAUGAACGUACAACACACAUUCCACUAUCCAGGGGCGAUAUAUAUAUAUAUAUGUUUUUUUUCUCUAACACAUCGAUUUUUUAACCUUAAGCGUACGUAAAAUACCCGGUAUUUCAUUAAUUAUUGUUUCAAUUGUUUCGAGUCCGAAGGAGACAGUUCUACCGUUUUGAAGCACGGCCAAAACCGGCGGCACUCGUACGCUAUGCUUUUCAAUAAACAGCGGUAGCAUCUUUAAUGUAAAUGGAACACAAUUUCGAGAACAAAUCGGACUUAACUAAACAUAUAAAAAUCAUUAAUUUUUUUUCUACAACUUGAACAAAACAGAUUAUAUUCCUAUUGGUAUAAUUGUUAGGUUUAAUAUAAGAUUAAAAAAUUAUU